CGAUCAUAUAUACACAUCUUUUUGAAAAAGAAAUGGAUGGUAAAAAUAUAACAUUUUUAUUGGACGUCAGCUUUUUAAAUGAUGCCGUCUCCAACAGCAUGUAGAGAGUUAGAUGCCGCCGCCAGUGUGGAGGCCUCAAUGUUUCACGGUAAAGCCAUGCUGACGUGUCCUCCGUCGCUUCGGCUCCUUACGACAUUGGCUUCGGCACACAGUGAAGUCGAUGAUGACGACGGUCAGGAAAUUCAAGCAAACCAGCCACCAAGUAACCAAACUGUGUGACUCGUGAGUGAAUAAUAUGAGUGUGUGUCUAUUGAUAAUAAUAAAAUAAUAAUAUACAUGAUUGUGGAGUAUAUUGUACAAUAAUAGCCAAACUCAACUAUAAUACAGAGAGUGAGUACUCAUUGUCAUCAGUUAGAGGGAGCUCACAUUACACCUUCUUCAGCAUCUAAUUGUUGCAGUCAGCAGUUAAAAAAAGGAAGGAGUUUUUUUUGUAUUAUUGUUUAAUUGUGUGCAUUUGAUGGACAUCUCAUGAAGUGUACAGUGUUUUUUAUUAUAAACAUUUUUCAUUUAUUAUUUACAAUGUGAGAAUCAACAACAACUUAUUGAUAAAUCAAUCUAAAUUUAGAAGAAAAAGAAAUAUAAAACGAAAAAAUGUCAGCACCAUCGAUGGUAAGUCGUAGCGGUGAUUCAUUGGUAAUUCGUAGUGUUGUAAGUGGUAAUCGUUUAUAUGUUGAUGAUGAAGAUGUCGAAGAAUCUUCAACGACGCAACUCAAAACAUCGUCAAUAACCGAUCACGAUGCGAAGAAGGAAGACGUCCAAAUCGAACGAACGACAGUAUCACAUCCAACAGCGUCGAUGAAAAUUAUAGAACAAAUUCCUCCACCAACAACUGGUGAUGAAGAUUUACCACAAUGUAAAGUAAAACGUAAUUACGCGUGUAACUUAUGCAGUUAUUUUACACAAAAUCCACGACAACAUUUACAUCAUUUACGUGAUAUCCAUAAAGAAAAAGUGAAAAUUUAUGAAUGUAAAGAUUGUCUGUAUGCAUCACGUCAUUUUCAAAAGUUAGCACGCCAUAUGCGAAUUGUUCAUGAUAAAGAUGAAUCAAUUUCAAAUCAACAGAAUCAUAAUAGUGAUUUAAGGAAAACAACAACAUUACGACGUGCCCGAAAACGUACAAAACGUCCAAUGGAUGAAAUGUAUGAAGAAGAUUACGCUGAUUCAACAAUUUUCGAUGAUUAUAUAAUCAAUGAAACUCAAACUCCUGCUAGUACAAUAAAUAAACAACAGAUGUCAGAAGAAUUAAAUGUGAAUGAAAUGGCUGCUGUAACAGUAAAUAAUAAUAAUAAUAAUAAAUUAGAGAAUAAUAAUAAUAAUAAAUUAAAAUGUUCGUUAUGUCCAUUUACAACACGGCAUCAAGGACAUUUAACGCGACAUGAACGUCAAGAUCACAUAAAAACACGUUUCUUUCGUUGUGUUAAGUGUAGUUAUGUAACGCAUAUAAAAGCACGUUUUACCAAACAUGUGAAAUAUCAUUCAAUGCCAAUGAUUAAAUGUGAUUUAUGUGAUUUUCGUACACCAUAUAAAUGGAAUUUAGAUCGUCAUAAUAAAAACCAUAAUGGACAUGGUGCAUUUAAAUGUUGUGCAUGUAAUUUUACAGCGGAUAUAAAACAAAGUUUAACUGUUCAUGAAAUCAAUCAUCAUAUACCACCGGUUGGUCAAGCGGCUGCAGCUGGUUUAGGCGUCGGCCGACGUCGCAAUAAGGUGGGUGCUAGUGAUUCAAAUUUACCAACAACUUCAGCGUCAUCUGCUACUAUCAACAAUCAUGAGCAACACAACGACCUCUAUACUCAGAUAUCAAAUUCCAGACCAAUUAUUAAACAACAAGAAUUGUCACAUACAAUCCAACAACAAUUCAACAACGUUAAUAAUAACAUUAACAAUAAUAAUAAUAAUAAUAAAAGUACAAAUUCUAGUCCAAUAAUUGCCAAAAAAAAAUGUCGACCAAUACCAAAUUUAAUACCAAUACAAAAUACAGGAACCUUAAAAUUAUUAUCCUCACCAAAGUAUACUUUAUCAUCAUCAAAUAACGAGUCAGCAAUAUUAUCACCAAUAAAUAUAAGUCAACAAGAUUUAAAUGAUCUCUGUGCUAAGUCAAUAAAUAGUUCAUUACGUGAUUUUACAUCCUUGUUCGAUGAUCACGAUCAAGAUAAUAUUACAAAUCGAUACAAUGAUAUCGUCGAAAUAACAGCUAUUAAAAAUGAACAAUCGAAAACGUUAUCACCUCAAACGAUUGCAUUACAGAAGAAAAAUGCUUCAUUCUUUGAUAAAUUAAAAGAAAAAUUAAUGACAAAUGCAUUACCCGGUGCAGAUAGUCUUACAUGCCGUGGAUGUGGCCACACAGUUAAAUGUUUAUCAGAAAUGGCAACACAUCAAAAACAAUGUGGUAAAUGUACCGAUGAUAGUACACAAGAACAGUCAGUUCCACAUUUUAGUUCCACACGUUGUCAAUAUUGUCGUCAACGUUGUAAAUCCAGUACAGAUUUAAUAAUUCACAUGCAAAGUUGUAAUAAAAUUCAUGUAGCCACUAACGAUGAAGAUAAUUCAAACGAUAACAAAGAACCCCAUCCGAUGGAGAAUAAAGUAUUUGUAUGGAAUAGUAUGCCAGAGAAAAAAGAGAACCAACCAAUGGAAGUGCAGGCUAAUGAAGAAAGUACGCAUACUAUAACAGAUGAUAGUAAUGAAACAGCUAACGGAUUAGAUUUAUCUGUGACUAACGUAUCUGAAAAUAGUACAAUUGAUGAAAUAUCGAUACAUGCUGUAUCGGCACCCAUACCAAGUAAACCAAUAACACAUGGUACCGAUUUAGAUUUAGCAACAAAUGGAAAACGGGUAUUUAAAUGUCCUCAUUGUUCAUUUUGGGCGACAACUGCGUCACGCUUUCAUGUACAUAUCGUUGGUCAUUUAAAUAAGAAACCUUUUGAGUGUUCAUUAUGCUCGUAUCGAUCCAACUGGCGAUGGGAUAUAACGAAGCAUAUACGAUUAAAAUCUGUACGCGAUUCUGCACAUCAACAAGCCAAAGUAUUGAUGACUGAUGAAACUGGUCGUCGAAAUUACUCAAAAUAUAAUAAAUAUUUAAUGCAGAUGAAAGAAUCAUCGUUAUCACCGACAACUAGUGAUAAUAAAAUGAUUGAUAAUAAAAAAUCACGUGGAGCAACUACGGGUAAUGUUAUUGUGACGACAUCAACACAAGGUAAUGAUGAGGAAUCGAUAUUUACAAAAUUACCACCUGGCAUAAAAGUAACACGAUCUGUGAAAAAUUGUGAUAGCGAAUUAAAUAAUAAUCAGGCAUCGAUUAGUAUACAAAAUAAUAUUAGUAAUAAUAAUGCAACUUCUGAGCUACAAAAAACAAUGAAACAAGAAUUAUUAUCACCAACAUUGUCAGUGAAUUCAACAGUGAGUGCGUCUUCAGGUGGUCCAAGAAGAUCGUUGUGGAAAUGUAAAAAAUGUAAUUUUAGAGACGUGGAUCGUCAAGUUCUAUUGCAACAUGUAAAAGAACAUUACAUUCAACAACGGUUUGAGAAUGUUUUGAGCAGUGAUUCUACCACAAACCAAACAUCCACACCAGCAAAUCAACAUCAACAACAAGGAACAGAAAGUAGUGAAUUGAGUACGAGCAGUGAAAUUGGAACCGCACAAACAUUUGGCGAGAAUAACAGCAAUGAUGAUGAGGCAAGUGUUAAUACACGCGGUGGCGGCGGCCAAGCACCAUUUCGCUGUGGUCACUGUCACCAAGUAUCAAACUGGAAGCAUGUUAUUCAGCGUCACUGUCGACUUAAACAUCGCGGUAAUAUAAGCGUUUUAACAGAAGACACGGCAGAAAUAACUAACAAUGUACAAAAUAUAAGCUCGUCGAAUACAGCGAAGACUGACAGCGAAAGUCAAUGUGUACUUUGUCCAUUUAAAAGUAAUUCCUCGUCGAUAUUUUUAACACACAUGGAGAAACAUUCAUCACAAUCUGAUAUAGCGGUAUAUCGCUGUAUCAUGUGUACAUUUAAUGCUACUGAUCAUAAAGAAUUCAUAUCACAUUUAUCGUUACAUAAUAUAGAAACAACGGGUAUCGAAUCAAAGCUAUUUGGUAACUUACCUUCAUCGAAAGAAAAUACGGAAAAUAGUAAACGAUUUAAAUGUACGUUUUGUCCUUAUGUUAGUAACAGUAAAAAUCAAUUUUACUACCAUGAACAAUUUCAUAAGCCACGGGGGGCACAAUUUAAAUGUAAUCUCUGCAGUUAUAAUGUAACACGACGCCAUUUAUUACAUCAGCAUUUAAAAAUUCAUGGUAUUUCUUCUGUUAAAAGAGAAACCAGAAACACCAGAAUUGAGACAGAAAUACCAUUAGUUUGGAUUCAAUUCGAAAAUGAAUUUAUAAAAAUGUAUAAAUGUCCACAAUGUCCACAAACGAAUAUCGAUAAAGUAGUCAUUGAAAAACAUGAAAAAGGUCACGAAAAUUUACGUUCAGAAACAUUAGAAAUUAAUUGUAAAGAUUGUACGUUUGGUACAAAUACUCAAGAAAUUUUAGACGCUCAUAAUAAAUAUCAUCAAGGAGUAUUUGGAACCAUACAUUGUCUAGUAAAUAAGGAAAAAUCAGAUGAAGAGCAAAUUUCACAGUUGAGUAAAGUAUUACGACCACUUGAAGAAAAUAUCGAAGUUCAAACGAAUAAUAACAAUGAUAAAGAAAUUCAUUUUUGUGAUAAUUGUCCAGCACGAUUUUUAUCUGAAACCGAAUACUUGGAUCAUUUAAAAUCUCAUCGAACGAAAUUAACUCAUCGAUGUCCAUGUUGUAAUUACUCCACAAAUCAAGAAAACAUCUUAAAUGGACAUUUAAAAGUGCAUACUGAAGAUUAUCAAGAACAAAGUAAACUUUUACAAACAAUAUUUCCAACAAACCAAGUUAAUAAAUGUCCUCGUACUGCAAUAUUAAUGGAUGUCCCAGAAAUAAAAGGUCCUGCAUGGAUCGUUGUAUCCAUGAAUUCACCGCCAAAAUUAAAAGAGAAUGAUAUUAUUAGUGAAACAACAAUUAUUCCAAAGAAAUAUUAUCGAUGUAAAUUGUGCCCUGAUAAAUUUUGCAAAUAUCCUGCUUUAAAGUUCCAUAAAAAAUUACAUGGUAGCGACAAUCCAUUUAAAUGCUCACAGUGUAAUUAUGCAACAACAACCAAAGCUGGUUUGUUAAAACACGAUUACAAUCAUAAUCAUAUCGAUUCGGAUCCUGAAAUUGACGAGAUCAAUCUACCCAAUGGUGAUUUGGAAAUUAAGCAACCUCAAAUACAAUCACCUCCAACAACAAGCCCACUUUAUGUGGAUGAUCAAUUUGGUAUUCUAAUGCAUGGUAGCCCUGAAUUUAUUUAUCCAACUUACGUUAAAAAUGGUAAGGUCAAAGAAAAACGCUAUAAAUGUCACAAAUGUCCAUCAGCGUUUGAAAAACGAGAACAAUAUCGAAAUCAUUUAACGUUACAUGGUUCCAAACAAAAAUAUUGUUGUAAACAAUGUGAUUAUUCUGUAAAAUAUUAUGCAAAUUAUGUUCAACAUUUACGAAAGCAUAAACUGAAUGAAGAUGCACAAGCCGUUAAAUUAAAAAAUCAUACCGAAAAUCAAAAUGGUACAAUUGAAAAUGAAACAAUAGUUUCUAUACCAGAAAUAUAUGUACCUCCUUUAAAGAUAUCGGUCGCAGAUCGACAAGCUUUAAUGUUAUUACAGCAACGUCGAACAUCUGAUCAACCCAAGGACAGUAAUGAAAAUGAACGUAAACAAUAUCCAUGUCCGAAUUGUCCAUACUCAAAUUCUCGACGCGAUUCAAUUGAUAAUCAUAUUAAAAGACAUAUUUCAAUAGGUGGGAUUACAAGUAACUUUACAUGUAAAUAUUGUGACUUUUCAGUGCCUCAAUCACAUUUCUUACGAGAUCAUGUUAAGGUACAUUUUCUACCAUUAAAAAUAUACAAACCCGAAGCGUAUAUGUGUUAUGAACAGAUACAGAUUUGGUCAAAAAAUGACGAGAAUGAUGAAACGUUAAUUUUUGCAGAUGAAUCAGAUUUAAAAAAUAAUGUGUAUAAAUUUAAUCCACCAAUUGAAAUUGAUUCUGACGAUACAAUGGAAAUAGAUAGUCAAGAGUCUGUUAUUGUUAAUAUAAGUAAUGGUGAAGUGAUUUUUAAAAAUGAUACCCCUAAUGAUACCAAAGACAAUUGAAAAUAAUAAUUUACAAGUAAUUGUGAUAUAGUUUAAUUCUUAAUUAAAAAAAAUUAAUAGUGUGCAUUAACUUUUGAACUGUGUUUGAAUUUUUUUUAAUAAUUUAUAGUCAUAAUAUAGUCAGCCACUUUGUGGAGAGAGUAGUUUGAGCAGUGUUAUAUUACGUAGUCGGGCCAAACUGAUGCGAAUAUUGUUCGCGAACGAAAAGUGUGAAUAAGGAGACUUUUCAAAUAAGUUUUUUGUUGUAGAUUUUUUGAAUUUUUUUUUGCAUCACCUCUAUAUCUAUAUGUAGAGAGCAUUGCACUUUAAUGGUGCGAUUUCAUGGAGACGCUGACGCUAACACAUGGUAUAAGAGUGCCAUCUAGAUAAAAAGCAGCGAUAAAGCUGAAAAUAUUUGAGCCAAGCUUCAAUUAGUUAACGCUGGUAUCAUUUACUUGACGCUAAAAAUGCUAUAUCGAAAUGAAUUAUAUUCGAUAUUAUGAAGCAGUUUUAAAAUACUUCAGACAGACAGUUGCGCUUGUUAGAUAUUAUUUAAUAAUUAUUUAUAAAACAUUACAAUAAAAAACAUAUUAUGUUAAUAUAUUUAAAAAUAGGUUACCGUUUAUGUUUUAUGAUUUGAUGCUGCUUUCCUUUUUAUCUAGAUGAAACUCUGAUCGAAAUUAUACCAUGUGAUAAAAUUUGACGCUAAAAGCUAGCGUCAAGCAACACCAUGAAAUCAAACCUUAAAAUAUAUAAUUCAAAGAGGAAAACUUCUUUUUAGUUUUUUUUAUUCGACGUGCCAUUAACGUGAUAGGGCUUUUUAAUUUUAAAUAUUUCUUGAUUAAAAUUAGUA